AUGAACGACUGGGAAACCCGCGCGUCCCUCGAGGACAUGGGCAUCGAUAUGACUUUCCAGCACGCCUCAUUGUUGUUCAAGUUGUUCGACUGGAACCAGGAUGGACACAUCGACGUCGACGAAUUUGCCCAGGGCGUGCACCAUCUCAAAGGGGCGGCCCGCAGCCUGGACAUGUACCGCCAGUUCGUGGAGCUGUCGAGACAGAUUUCUAGCCUCCAGCGCAUGGUGGAGCAACUCUCGGCAACCUCUGGUGCAGGCCAGCCACGUAAUUCCCGGACCUUUGGCUCAGAUCGAAGGUCGUCGCUCCCAGAAACGCCGGCCUCAGAAGCUUGCGAUAGCUGCUAG